GUGGACUAUGUAUUUACAGAUAAAACUGGAACACUCACUGAAAACAGCAUGGAAUUCAUUGAAUGCUGCAUAGAUGGGCACAAGUAUAAAGGUGUAACUCAGGAAACUGAUGGACUCUCUCAAACUGAUGGACCUUUAACAUAUAUUGAUAAAGCAGAUAAGAAUCGAGAAGAGCUCUUUCUGCGUGCCUUGUGUUUAUGCCAUACUGUAGAAAUUAAAGUAAAUGAUGCUGUUGAUGGAGCUACAGAAUCAGCUGAAUUAACCUAUGUGGCCUCUUCACCAGAUGAAAUAGCUUUGGUGAAAGGAGCUAAAAAGUAUGGGUUCACAUUUUUAGGAACUCAGAAUGGCCAUAUCAGAAUAGAGAACCAAAGACAAGAAAUAGAAGAGUAUAAACUUCUUCACACCUUAAACUUUGAUUCUGUCCGCCGUCGUAUGAGUGUUAUUGUGAAGACUAAAGAAGGAGGCAUACUUCUCUUUUGUAAAGGUGCCGACUCAGCAAUUUUCCCCAGGGUGCAUAAUCAUAACAUUGAGUCAACCAAAGCACAUGUGGAACGAACUUCAAUGGAUGGGUAUCGGACACUUUGUGUAGCCUUCAAAGAAAUUCCUCCAGAUGCUUAUGAAAGAAUUGACAGACAGCUCGUAGAGGCAAAAUUGGCCUUACAACAGAGAGAAGAAAAAUUGGAAACAAUUUUUGAUGAUAUUGAGACAAACAUGAAUUUAAUUGGAGCCACUGCAGUGGAAGACAAGCUACAAGAUCAAGCAGCUGAGACCAUUGAAGCUCUGCAUGCAGCAGGUCUGAAAGUCUGGGUGCUUACUGGGGAUAAGAUGGAGACAGCCAAAUCCACCUGCUAUGCCUGCCGCCUUUUCCAAACCAGCACUGAGCUCUUAGAAUUGACCACAAAUACCAUUGAAGAAAGUGAAAGGAAAGAAGAUCGAUUACAUGAAUUGUUGAUAGAAUACCGUAAGAAGUUGCUGCAUGAAUUUCCUAAAAGUACUAGAAGCCUUAAAAAAGCAUGGACAGAACAACAGGAAUAUGGAUUAAUCAUUGAUGGCUCCACAUUAUCACUCAUAUUAAAUUCUAAUCAUGACUCCAGUUCUAACAAUUACAAAAGCAUUUUCGUACAGAUUUGUAUGAAGUGCACUGCAGUGCUCUGCUGCCGGAUGGCACCAUUGCAGAAAGCACAGAUUGUCAGAAUGGUGAAGAAUUUAAAAGGGAGCCCAAUAACACUGUCGAUAGGUGAUGGUGCCAAUGAUGUUAGUAUGAUCUUGGAAUCCCAUGUGGGAAUAGGUAUUAAAGGCAAAGAAGGUCGCCAAGCAUCCAGAAAUAGCGAUUAUUCUGUUCCAAAGUUUAAACAUUUAAAGAAAUUGCUAUUGGGUCAUGGACAUCUAUAUUAUGUGAGAAUAGCACACCUUGUACAGUAUUUCUUCUAUAAGAACCUUUGUUUCAUUUUGCCACAAUUUUUGUACCAGUUCUUCUGCGGAUUCUCACAACAGCCACUGUAUGAUGCUGCUUACCUUACAAUGUACAAUAUCUGCUUCACAUCCUUGCCCAUCCUAGCCUACAGUCUACUGGAACAGCAUGUCAACAUUGACACUCUGACUUCAGAUCCACGAUUGUAUAUGAAAAUUUCUGGCAAUGCAAUGCUGCAGUGGGGCCCCUUCUUAUAUUGGACAUUUCUGGCUGCAUUUGAAGGGAUAGUAUUCUUCUUUGGGACUUAUUUUCUUUUUCAGAAUUCAUCCCUAGAAGAAAAUGCAAAGGUGUAUGGAAACUGGACUUUUGGAACCAUUGUUUUUACAAUCUUAGUAUUCACUGUAACUCUGAAGCUUGCCUUGGAUACUCGCUUCUGGACAUGGAUAAAUCACUUUGUGAUAUGGGGUUCUUUAGCCUUUUAUGUAUUUUUCUCAUUCUUCUGGGGAGGAAUUAUUUGGCCUUUUCUCAAACAACAGAGAAUGUAUUUUGUAUUUGCUCAAAUGCUGUCUUCUGUAUCCACAUGGUUGGCCAUAGUUCUUCUAAUAUUUAUCAGCCUUUUCCCUGAGAUUCUCCUGAUAGUAUUAAAGAAUGUAAGAAGAAGAAGUGCCAGGAAUCAGAAUCUUGAACUGCCUAUGUUAUUGUCCUACAAGCAUAUUGACAGUGGUUACAGCUAGAAAAGAAAGCAUGAAGAAACAACUACAAAAAGUUAAUCAUCUCAGGAUACUCGAUAUGCAACAAACUAAACAACUCUCUUAUGUCUAGGGUUCAGAAUAAAUGUCCAUUAAAAUA